CUGCCGCGUACCUGAGGCCCUGAGUCUGGCUGGGAUUUUUUGGCUGCUCAAUUUCCCUGCACCAGCGAAGACAGUCCACGACCUCUACCAACACUUAGCUAGGUACUGCUACCACUACCGCUACCAUCACAUUGCUGGUGCUUUCUCUCACUUGCCUCACCGUUCAUAUUUCAGUCCAAUCCGGUACACGCCAUUGCCAUUGUCAUCGGUUCUUGCUGCCCACCGCCCCUCCACUCCUUUAUCUGUUCAACUUCCAGCCUCUGCCAGAGCCCUUUUGUUUGCUCGCUCCUCUAUUAUUCUUUCGAGACGGGGUUCGCAUAUACUCAUCUCCAUCCUUUUGCUAUAAACCCUCCCCCUUUCUCUUCUAGACCCAAUCUUCCCAUCGCCUGCCUCAAUCCGAUCGCAGUGUCCAGACGGGAAAGAACCACCCUCUUUAUAUCACCAAAAUGGGCCUCCUGGCAGAAGUCCUGUCGUAUGGCGAACACCUUUGGAACACCCUUCCCGUAUACCAAAGCGUCUUGUUGCUCCUCACCGCUUUUACUUCUAUCGCCAUCCUCAUCAAUGUCAUUAGACAAUCUUUCUUCAGGGAUCGAAACGCCCCGCCCGAAGUCUUUCAUUUGAUCCCUGGCCUGGGAAGCACUGUUGCCUACGGCAUUGAUCCCUUUGACUUCUUCUUCUCGUGCAAAGAGAAAUAUGGCGACGUCUUUACAUUCAUUCUCCUCGGGCGCAAGGUCACCGUGUGUCUGGGCACCAAAGGCAAUGAAUUCAUCUUGAACGGCAAAUUAAAGGAUGUCAACGCCGAGGAAGUCUACACCGGUCUCACUACUCCAGUGUUUGGCGACGGUGUCGUCUACGAUUGUGAAAACUCAAAGUUGAUGGAACAAAAGAAAUUUGUCAAAUUCGGUCUCACUCAGGAUGCCUUCAAGAGUUAUGUCGAGUUGAUCAGUACCGAGACCAAGAACUUUGUUCAUCACGGAAAGGCAUUCAAUGGCCAGACCGGCACCAUCGACAUUGUUCCCGCCAUGGCCGAGCUGACCAUCUACACUGCUUCCAGAUCUCUUCAAGGAAAAGAAGUCCGGGCUAAAUUCGACGAGACAUUUGCUGAUUUGUAUCACGACCUCGACAUGGGUUUCGCUCCCAUCAACUUUAUGUUGCCCUGGGCUCCGUUGCCUCACAACCGCAAGCGAGAUGCCGCCCAAAGGAAAAUGACCGAGACUUACAUGGAGAUCAUCAAGGCACGAAGGGCACAGGGUGGCAAGAAGGAUGGUGACGAGGAAGACAUGAUCUGGAAUCUCAUGAAUUGUGUGUACAAAAAUGGUACACCUGUUCCCGACAAGGAGGUUGCCCACAUGAUGAUCGCCUUACUCAUGGCUGGCCAACAUUCCAGCUCUUCUACCUCAUCUUGGAUUCUCCUACGACUAGCCACUCGUCCUGACAUUCAGGAAGAACUCCUCGAGGAGCAACGACAGGUCCUAGGCGAGGACCUCCCUCCCUUGACAUACGAAGGUAUCCAGAAACUCACGUUGAACGCGAAGGUUGUCAAAGAGACUCUCCGCCUUCACUCCCCGAUUCACAGUAUCAUGCGAAAAGUCAAGUCGCCCCUAACCAUCGUCGCCAGCACUCCUAACUCUACCACCAAGACUUACAAUAUCCCCACUUCUCAUACCCUCAUGUCAGCCCCAGGUGUCACAUCACGCGAAAGCGAGUUCUUCCCCGAGCCUCUCCUUUGGGAACCGCACCGAUGGGACGAAGAUCAUCCUCUACAGUACUCGCGCGCGGGACUGGAAAAGGAGGAAUUCGAGGAUUAUGGAUACGGAUUGAUCUCCAAGGGUGCAAGCUCGCCAUAUCUACCUUUUGGCGCCGGAAGACAUCGGUGCAUUGGCGAACAGUUCGCCUAUGUCCAGUUGGGCACGGUGUUGGCCCAGAUGGUUCGUGAAGUCAAAUUCCGAAAUGUCAACGAAAAAUCUGGACUGGUCAAGACCGACUAUUCCAGUCUAUUUUCCCGACCCAUCAGCCCGGCUGUGGUGAAAUUUGAAAAGAGAGAUGCAUCGCAGAAGUCGUGAAACUUGAUCAUAAAUUGAACUCGGCCUUGAGUUUUGCUCUUUCCUAGAAACCGACUUAAUAGACGAUGCAUAAUGAAGUCGAGUCUUGGAGCGGCAUUUGCAUACCUACGCGUUAGAGCUGGCCUGGUGUUGGAUGAUUAAUGGAGACGGAGUUCUAACUCGCUCAUGGCGUUCUUGUCAAACAAGGAGAGGGAUGGUUUUAGAUGAAUGGACCAAUCUGUCCAUUGACAUCACAAACUAACUUACCGACCUAGAUACGUACCUAGGAGGUGUACAUAGAAUAAUUAUUGUCAAUUAUUAUUGCAGCCUUUAGGUAGUGUUCACGCAUAUAUGUACAUGACUCUUUUC